CAUUCCACCCACCCAUGGAGGACGCCAACGCCGCCAAGCUGGCGCGCCGUCUCGCCGACGUCGUCGACCUGACGCGCGACUCGCCCGUGGCCCCGCGGCACGCGGCUCCACUGGCCGCGCCCGGCGGCGGCAGCUCUGGCUCCGCUGCGCUGCCGCGCCCCGGCGGCUACAAGGCCAGCGCGGCGCCCAGGGUCAAGAUGUGGGAGCCGCCGCGCGCGCCGCUCGGCACUCAGCAGCUCAACGUCGCUGCACACGCCUCGACGAGCCACGUCGCUGCUGCGCCGCGGCCGCCGGCCUUCGCGGCGCUCGCCGACGACGACGAUGACGAGCCGGACCCGGGCGAGCACGGCGGCGGGCGCUUCGUCAGUGCCGCCGAGCGCGAGCAGCAGCUGGCGGCCAGCAUCGACGCCAUGAUUGCGCAGGCGACGGACCUCAUGGACAUCGACAUGGACCUGGCCGACGUGGCCGGCAUGAAGUGCCGCCUGAUGCCGCACCAGGUGCAGGGACACGAGUGGAUGAAGAAGCGCGAGGAGGGUGCGUAUGCCGGCGGCAUCCUGGCCGACGACAUGGGCCUGGGCAAGACGGUGCAAAUGCUUGCCCUCAUGGUGUCCAGCCGCACCGCUGCACGUGCCGCCGCUGCCGCCGAUGCAGCGGCUGAGCCUGGCUCGUCAAGUGCGCCGCAGAGCGGGCCCUUCAAGCCGCUGAAGAAGGCCGACAAGAUCAAGGUCGAGGCACGCACCUCCGAGGCGUGCCGGCGCAGUCGCACGACACUCAUCGUCGCGCCGCUCGCCGUCGUGCGCCAGUGGGAGCGCGAGGCGCUGGAGAAGACGGAGAAGCUCAAGGUGAUGGUGCAUCAUGGACCUGCUCGCGCCAAGACUGCCGCCACUUUCUCUCGCUAUGACGUCGUUAUCACCACCUACACGACGGCGGCGUCAGAGUACAAAGCCAAGGAGAAGCCGCAGACCAAGACAGCGGCGAAGCCGGCGGCAAAGAAGGGCCCGAGCCUGGACGAGUCCGACGACGAGACCAGCUCCGGCUCGUCGAGCGCGUCGGACAGCGACGACGCGCCGAGCAAGAGCACGCCGCGCAAGAAGCCCGUCGCUCGCAAGGUCGGCGCAGCGGCCAAGCCCAAACCCAGUCCACUCUUUGACUUCGACUGGAAACGCGUUGUGCUCGACGAGGCGCAGAACAUCAAGAACCACAAGGCGCAGUGCAGCAUUGCCUGCUUUGCCCUCUCGACGCGCGCACACGCCAAAUGGGUCCUGACGGGCACGCCGAUCCAGAACAACGCGUACGAGAUGUACGCGCUCAUCCACUUCCUGCGCAUCCCGCCAUUUGACGACUUCAAGCACUUCAAGGAGAAGAUUGGCGACCCGCUGAAGAGCACCAACCAGAAUCGAGUCAACUGGGGCAUGAAGCGGCUCUGCGUCGUGCUGCAGACGAUUAUGCUGCGGCGCACCAAGGAGUCGAAGCACGAGGGCAAGCCGCUGCUUGUGCUGCCCAAGCGCACGAUCGAUGUCGUCGAGUCUGGCUUCGACACGGAGGAGGAACGCCUCUUCUACGGCUCGCUGCAGGACCGCAUGCGUGCCAACGUGGAGAAGGCCGAGGCCAGCGGCAAGGUGAACCAGAUGGCGCAGCUCGUCAUGCUGCUGCGCCUGCGCCAAGCGUGCAACCACCCGGGACUCGUCGCCAGCAAGCUCACGCCAGACGCGCUGCCCGCGCCGGCGCCCGCACAGUCAAAGGAGCAGGACAGCGACGACGACGACGACGCAGACGAGCUGGCAGAUCUGUUGGCCGGCAUGGCCGUGGAGCGCAAGUGCGGGCGAUGCCAAGAUGUGCUCGAGUCGCGCACGGCCACGCACUGCGAUGCCUGCGAGAUUGUGGUGCAGCGCGAAAAGGAGCGCGGCAUUGACUGGGACGCAGAUGGCAAGGGCAGCACAAAGGUGCGCAUGCUCCUCACCAUCCUCGACAAGAUCAAGCGCGACGAGAAGCGCAAGGGCGAAAAGACGAUUGUGUUCAGCCAGUUCACGUCCUUCCUCGACAUCAUCGAGCCGUUCCUGAAGCGGAACACGUACAACUACGUGCGCUACGACGGCUCGAUGAAGCCCGAGCAGCGCGAGGCGAACCUCGAGGCGCUGCGCUCCGACCCCGCCACGUCGGUCAUUCUCAUCUCGUUCAAGGCCGGCAGCACGGGCUUGAAUUUGACGUGCUGCAACCACGUGGUGCUGUGCGACCUGUGGUGGAACCCGGCGCUCGAGAUGCAAGCCUUCGACCGCGCCUACCGCCUGGGCCAGACGCGCGACGUGCGCAUCUACAAGCUCGUCAUUGCGCAGAGCGUCGAGCAGCGCAUCCUCGAGCUGCAGAAGAAGAAGAGCGCACUGGCAAAGGCGGCGCUCGAGGGCAGCAAGCUGACGAAGCAGAGCAACAAGCUCUCCCGCUCCGAGCUCAUGUAUCUCUUCUCGGGCGGGCCCGUCGCCUGAUGAGAGAGAGAGACACGCGCAGCGUCGCACGAGCUGCGCAUUUUGCCUCGUCCGACCACAUCUCGUCUUGUCCCUGCUCCCCGCCGUUGCCCCGCCUACCGGCCUAUGAUGCCCCCUCACGACUCGCUAAUGUACCUGAUGUCACCCUC